AUGGAGCCUCAAGACGAAGGAGGGCCCCUCUACAUCGGCUUCGACCUCUCCACCCAACAGCUAAAAGGCCUGGUCAUAACCUCCUCCCUCAAAGUCGUCCAUGUAGCUAAAUUCGACUUCGACGCUGACUUGCGCGGUUUCCCCGUCGAGAACGGUGUGCAAACCAACGAGGCUGAACAUGAAGUCUUCGCACCCGUCGCAAUGUGGCUGCAGGCGCUGGAUGCAGUGCUGCUCCGCCUGAAGGAGCAGGGGAUGGAUUUUCGGCGUGUCAGCGCCAUCAGCGGCGCGGGCCAGCAGCAUGGCAGUGUCUAUUGGAAUUCAAACGCGGGGCAGAUUUUGGCUGCUUUGGAUGCGGGGAAGGGGUUGGAGGAGCAGGUUGCACCGGCGCUGUCGCAUCCAUAUAGUCCGAAUUGGCAGGACGCGAGUACGCAGCGGGAGUGUGAUCAGUUUGAUGAGUAUUUGGGGAGCCCGGCGGAGUUAGCAGAGGUGACGGGGAGCAAGGCUCAUCAUAGGUUUACGGGACCACAAAUAUUGCGGUUCCAGCGCAAGAUUGCUCCCUUUGAUAUCUCAGAUGUAUGCGGGAUGAACCUAUGGGACAUUCAAAAGGACCAGUGGAAUGGACGGUUACUUGAGCUAUGCGCAGGAUCGUAUGGGGUGGCCGAUUUAAAACAGAAACUAGGCGAGGUGCUAGGUGAUGGCGGGAUGCGACUGGGGAAAAUUAACCGCUACUUUGUCGAGCGGUACUCAUUCAACCCGGAUUGUGUGAUAACUCCUUCCACGGGAGAUAACCCAGCUACAAUCCUGGCCCUGCCCUUGCGAUCAGGGGAUGCAGUGGUGUCCUUAGGGACUUCAACCACCUUCCUCAUGUCGACACCGGAAUAUAAAACAGACCCCUCGACGCACUUUUUCAACCAUCCAACAACACGGGGGCUCUACAUGUUCAUGCUGUGCUACAAAAACGGCGGCCUAGCCCGAGAACACAUCCGCGACGCUAUUAACAAUAAGUUUAGCAAGGACUCCCGAUCCCCUGCUACCUCUUCUUCCAACCCGUGGAAUAACUUUAACGAAGCCGUCUUCCAGCGACCAGCCGCUGGCCAGAAGACAGAUGCCGAUCUAAUGAAAUUGGGCCUCUUCUUCCCCAGGCCCGAAAUCGUGCCUAAUCUCCGCAACGGCGAAUGGCGCUUCAACUACGACUCAAACAAAAAGACGCUACAGGAAUCCCAACAGGGCUGGGACAGGCCAUUAGAUGACGCACGCGCCAUCGUCGAGAGCCAGAUGCUUUCACUACGUCUGCGCUCCCGCGGUCUAGUUCACAGCCCAUCCAAGGACGUACCCCCCCAGCCUCGCCGGGUCUAUCUUGUCGGUGGGGGGUCCCGUAAUACAGCCAUUGCCAAAGUGGCCGGAGGGGUCCUCGGUGGGGUUGAAGGGGUUUACAAGCUGGAUGUUGGAGAGAACGCGUGUGCGCUCGGGGCGGCGUAUAAAGCCGUCUGGGCGUUGGAGAGGGCGCCGAACCAGACGUUUGAGGAUUUGAUUGGGAAGAGGUGGAAGGAGGAGGAAUUUGCGGAGAAGAUCGAUGAAGGGUAUCAGCCUGAGCUGUUUGAGAGAUUUGGGAAGGCUGUGGAAGGGUUUGAGAUGAUGGAGAAGCAGAUUCUGAGGCAGGAGGGGGAGGGGAGGAGUGUUGGUUAA